AUGUCGUCCCCCAACCAGUCGUUUGGCCAGUGGGUCCGCCGCGUCUCGCACGACCUCGGCUCGAUGGGCCAAGGACGGCAGCCGACCGACGCCGAGAUCGACGAGCUCGUCGCCAUGGGCUUCCCGCGCGACGUGUCCAAGCGCCAGCUGCAGCUGACGCACGGCAACGUCAAGCAGGCGUCCGAGAUCCUCGUGCACAACGCGCACAAGGGCACCGAGCACCCCGAGUGCCCCGUGUGCUCGCACACGGGCGAGCACCGCCGGUCCGGCCUCGCCACCAACGCCAACCCCGGCGGCGGCCGCCUCAACUUUAGCGGCGGCCUCGUGCCGACCAGCCUGCUCGGCUCGAGCCCGACGCGAUCGUCCAAGCCGUCGCACCAGAACCCCGUGACCCUGCCCGACGUCGGCGACGAGGACCGCGCCCCCGGCGGCUCGGGCGGCGCGAGCGUCAACGCCAUGCUCCGCCGCCCGUCGGUCGCCGACGCCAUCAAGCGCAUGACCUCGCGCGACGCCGCGCCACCGCACACCGCCGCGCACUAG